CUCUAAUUGAUUCUUUAAGCCAUGAUAUAUGUUAAUAUUAGCAAGAUCGAAUUUGUAUGUUGUUACAUUUUUUGAUCGUAAGAAUUGUGAAUAUUAUUGUUAAAAUAUGGCCAACGCUGUUGCUAAUGUACCUGUAUCAAAAAUCUUAAAAGACAAAAGUGCCUGUGAAGAUGAACCAAGGAAAAAGAGCCGAGAAGAUUGGAGAAAAGCAAAAGAAUUAGAAGAGGCAAGAAAAGCAGGUACAGCACCUGCAGCUGUCGAUGAAGAAGGAAAAGAUAUUAAUCCUCAUAUUCCUCAAUAUAUUAGUGCAACACCAUGGUAUUUUGGAGCACAGGGUCCAACAUUAAAACAUCAAAGACCUCAACCUGAGAAACGAAAAUACUUUAGUGGAAUAGAUGAAUGGUAUAAACGUGGUGUAGAUACAUCUAAAAUUGCAACAAAAUAUCGUAAAGGUGCUUGUGAAAAUUGUGGUGCUAUGACGCAUAAGAAGAAGGAAUGUAUGGAAAGACCCCGUAAAAUAGGAGCGAAGUUUACAAAUACAAAUAUUGCACCGGAUGAAUUUGCACAACCUGAACUAUGCGUUGAUUAUGAUGGAAAAAGAGAUAGGUGGGCUGGUUAUGACUUGUCUGAGCAUAAAGCUAUUGUUGAAGAAUAUCAAAAAAUUGAAGAAGCUAAAAGACAAAUGCGCGCAGAGAAACUCAAUGCUGAAGAAAACGAUGAACAAGAUUCAGACAAAGAUGAAGAUAAAUAUGUGGAUGAAGUUGAUAUGCCUGGAACUAAAGUUGAUUCUAAACAACGUAUUACUGUUCGAAAUCUAAGAAUUAGAGAAGAUACAGCCAAAUAUUUGCGUAAUUUGGAUCUCCAAUCUGCAUAUUAUGAUCCUAAAACUAGGUCUAUGCGUGAUAAUCCUUAUGCAGGCACAGAUAGAGAAGUGGAUUAUAAAGGAGGAAAUUUUGUACGUUUCUCAGGAGAUACACAGCAACAUGCAAAUGCUCAAUUAUUUGCUUGGGAAGCACAUGAGAAAGGAGUUGAUGUACAUUUACUUGCUGAACCUACAAAAUUAGAAUUAUUAAAACAAGAAUAUGAUAAGAAGAGAGAUGAAUUGAAAGAUAAGGCACGAGAGAGUAUUAUCAAACGAUAUGGUGGUGAAGAACAUCUUCAAGCACCACCACCUUCACUCUUAUUAGCCCAAACAGAACAUUAUCAAGAAUAUUCUAGAUAUGGAAAAAUGGGUAAGGGUCUACGGUACACAAAGACGCAGUUACUGUUUUUCAAAACUUAUUCAACAAUGAAGAAAGGUUUGGUGCUUGGAGUAUACGAGGCAGAUGAUGAAAGAAAGACUAGACUGAGCAAUGAUGCAAGAGUAAUGUCGUCUAAUGGGGAUGGUAAUUUAGGAAGUGAUAGUGGGGCAGGAAGCAGUAGAGGUAUAGGGGAAUCUAGUAGAAAUGCGAAGCAUCACUUCCAUUCCAGCAAUAUUUUACUUGGAAUUGGCAGUUCGCUCGAAGACAGAAAUAAUGAUUAUCAAUGCCCAAUUUGUUUCGAAUUAAUUGAUGAAGCACAUAUCACUCGUUGUGGUCACACCUUCUGUUAUCAUUGCAUUGUGAAGUCCUUAGAAGCUAAUAGCAGAUGUCCUAAAUGUAGUCUUGCUUUAAGUCAGCAGGAUAUCUUUCCUAAUUUUUUAUUAAAUGAAUUAGUAACAAAAUAUAAAGCGAGAAUCAAGGGCCUUUCAGAAUUAGGCUCUUCGUAUGUAGGAGAUGGAAAAAAUAGAGUUGUAGGAACAGAAUUAUCUGUACUUUCGCGUGAUGGUUUAAGAGAUAUAGUUGCUGUAGAAAGUGCUCAUUUAACUUUGCCUGAUGUAAAUGUAAUGUUAGAAGUAUUGACACAAAGAAAGCAUUUACUUGAAGCUGAAACAUGUGCUAUACAAAAUAAACUUCUACAUGAAUUUUUAAGACAUUUGUUACAACAAAAAGAAGAGCAAAGAAAUCAGUUACAAAAAGAGAUGGCUUUAAUUAAACGAGAUAUGGAAGAAGUUGAAAAUAUUCUAAAAGAUGUUCAAAAUAAAUGUCCACGUGUAGAAGAUUUGAAAAAAUCAAGUGAAAAUGAUACAGCACAAGUAUCUGCUAUCAGACGGGAAAUGAUUGGUCUUAUAGAUAUAAUUGAUUCAAAUAUGGUAAAACCUAAUGAAAGAGUAGUGGGAAAUGAAACAUUUGCGAACCCGUCUGGUAAUCAAAAACAAAUUGAAUAUGGAAGUAGUUCAACCUUAGCUAUUCGUAGAAAAAGAAUGCACGGUCAUUUUGAUGAUUUUGUACAAUGUUACUUUCAUUUACGUGCUAAGGAACUAUUACUUGGACAUAAACCUCAAAGUCAAACAGAUGUAAGUCAUAGUACAAGUUCUGGCCUUGAUAUUUUUCGGGAAAAUCUGGUAAAAUUUUCCAGAUAUAAUACAUUACGACCAUUAGCUACAUUAAAUUAUUCUUCUGAUAUUUUUAACAAUUCUACAAUUGUUUCAAGCAUAGAAUUUGAUAAGGAUAAUGAAUUCUUUGCGAUAGCUGGUGUCACUAAACGAAUUAAAGUAUUUGAUUAUGGAGCUGUAAUACAUGAUACAGUUGACAUUCAUUAUCCUAGUAUAGAAAUGGUUUCUAGUUCUAAAAUUUCAUGUGUUUCAUGGAAUUCUUUUCAUAAAGGAAUGUUAGCCUCAUCAGACUAUGAAGGAACUGUAACAGUGUGGGAUGCUGCAACAGGUCAUAGAACUAAAACUUUUCAAGAGCAUGAAAAAAGAUGCUGGUCUGUAGAUUUUAAUGAUGUUGAUACUAGACUUAUAGCAUCUGGAUCAGAUGAUGCAAGAGUUAAAUUAUGGUCUUUGAAUACAGAUCAUUCUGUUGCAUCAUUAGAAGCGAAAGCUAAUGUUUGUUGUGUAAAAUUUAAUCCUUGUAGUUCGUGUCACUUAGCAUUUGGAUCUGCUGAUCAUUGUGUUCAUUACUACGAUUUACGUAAUAUGAAAGAAGCUUUGCGCAUUUUCAAGGGACAUCGUAAAGCUGUAUCUUAUGUUAAAUUUAUUAAUAAGGAAGAGAUUGUAUCAGCAAGUACUGAUUCACAACUCAAAAUGUGGAAUAUCAAUAAUCCCCACUGCCUAAGAUCUUUUAUUGGACAUGUUAAUGAAAAAAACUUUGUGGGGCUUGCCACAGAUGGUGAUUAUGUAGCUUGUGGUUCAGAGAACAAUGCACUUUAUGUGUAUUAUAAAGGACUAACAAAACAGUUAUUCUCAUAUAAGUUUGAUGCUGUGCGUAGUAUAUUAGAAAUUCAAAAUCGAAAAGAAGAAGAUUUGAAUGAAUUUGUCUCUGCAGUUUGUUGGAGACAAAUGUCUAAUGUUGUAGUAGCUGCAAAUUCUCAAGGAAUUAUCAAAAUAUUAGAAUUUGUUUGAUUUUAAUUAGUACAUUAAUGUGGAAGUUAUGCUAUAAGAUUAAUAAAAAUGUUCAGAAUU